GUUUCUACCGACGCAUUUCGUCGUCUCUCACAAAAAUUCCCAACGACAUAAACCAGUUUCCUUCACCCUGAUUCCCAACAACACCACCAGCCCAACACAACUUUGAACUCUUAGUUCCCAACAAACACCCAGAACCCCAUUUCUCUAAUGUCAAACUGUACAGUCUAGACCUGCACAGUUGAGAGUUGAGACCAGUGAUGGAGCCAAGCUCAACACAAGGCUCUUCAGAGCUACCAACAACAACAUCAAAUGAAGGAGGGCAAUGAUCUUGUGGUGGUUCUGGUCCAUCCCUACUCUGUCCUGGGUGGCUGUCAAGGCCUUUGGAGAGGCAUAGCAGCAGGGUUAGCUGAGAAAGGUUUCAAAGCUGUCACUUUUGACAUGAGAGGAGUUGGAAGGUCAACUGGAAAGGCUUCUCUUACUGGGUUUUCAGAAAUCAAGGAUGUGAUUUCUGUGUGCAAAUGGGUCUCUGAGAAUUUGUCUGCUAAUAGAAGUUUGCUUGUGGGUUCUUCUGCAGCUCAACUGUCCUUUAAUCAUCUAAAGUUGGGAUUUUGAUGAUGUAAGAGUGCAAAUAAGUGGGAUCCACAGGUCUUUCUGCAACUGUAGUGAAUUUUCUCUCUAGGUAGCAGAAAGAAGACGUGAAGAAGAAGCAAGGCGCGGCGAGCAUUUUGAAGAGAAUGAAGCAGAAUGGUAGGACAGGAGUUGGGCGGGGUAAGAACUCUUCGGAUGUUUCGGAGGAUGAGAGUAAGGAUAGCAUGGUGGAUGAAGAAGAGGAGGAGGAGGUGGAGGAAGAAAAGAAGAAGAAGAGAACUGAGAGGAAGAAAACGGAGGUGGAGAGGAAAGUGAGGGUGACUCGUAGCUCUAGUGGAAAUCGGGGAAGAGGUCAGGAGAGUGGUGGGAGGGGGAAGAGAGGGGUCGGGAGGCCGCCUAAGAAACCAGAGACGGCGGCUGCUGGAAGCGGAAAAGGGGGAGAGACAAUGGCAAGGCGGAUUAGGUGGGGAGUGCAGGGAGGCCGAGGAAACGAACAAGGAGGUGAUGGUGCGUGAGUGUUGUAUCAUGUAAAUUAAGCUUAGUGCGUGCUUUGGUUGGUUUUUGGUUCUUGUUUUCAUUUUGCUAGCUAAUGCUAUAGGAUGCUUAGGUUCAGCUGGUUUUAGUUAACUUUGGCCCAAAGAAGGCAAAAGAGAAUCGGGGUAUUACAAGAGGGGGAUAUAGAAAGGCAGAGAUGUAUCGUGAACUUGUAGAAUGCUUUUGGGCACCCAUUGCAUAUACACAGGGUUUUAUUUU